UUCGGGGGGUUUUGGGCUCAUCUUCAAGCGAUGCGGGAUCCCAGCGUGAGCCUUUGCUGUUUUUUUUUGCGACACACCCCUCACGCCUCGCACCCGCUGAGCUCGCCCGCCCUCAGCAUCUGGGGCCUGAGCACGGCGUUCCGUUCACACCGCGGCUGCCGGGGCCGCGCUCCCUCGCUGACCGCAGUCCCUGCCGCUCCUCAGCCGGUGCCUCCGCACAACCGCCGCAGCAGGGAAGGUAACCUGCAUCCCCUUUCUUCACACGCGGUUUUUACCCUGACGCGGGAGCAGCCCAAACCUUCCCAAAACACACACGGGGCCGUCUCCACACGCCCCUCACGGACAGAAGAGAGCGUACGGACAGCCCGAUCCGCCCCGCUUUGCCGGGUGCUGUUCCACAGCCCUACCUGCCGCCGCGGGCCGCCCAGAGCGCGUAUCCAGGCGUCCCGCGAACACGCCCCCCGCCACGCCUAUUGGCCGCCGCCGCAGCCCCGGGGGGCAACCGCAGCGCUGAGUGGCCCGGCGCCCUGUCCGUCAACGCCGCCAGUCAAAACACGCCCGGCUCCUGUCACAACACAGCGGUGCCGCGGCGGCACUUCCUGCGCGCUGCCCGCAGCCGCGCCCGCCGGGCGCACGGCCCCGCCGCCCCAGCACUCGGCGCCGCCGCUCUCCCCGUGCCUGCAGCACCGGGGGGCUGCGGAGCCCCGCGCGGGCACGCUCAGCAGCAGCAGCAGCGGCGGCGGUCGGGGAUGGCCCCUCCGGGGAAAGUUGGCGCCCCCGCCGCCGUGCCGUGAGGGGAGCGCCGCGGGACGCCGUCCGUGUGUGUGUGUGUGCGCGCCCCGGGGAAGUUGCCACCGCUCGGCGCGGCGAUGGCAGAGGCUGCCGGCGGCAGGGAGCCGGCGCCGGCGGGCCGUGCCGCUCCCAGUGCCGAGGAGGAGCCCGAGCCGGCUGCGCUGGACGCCCCGGGCAGAAGGCGGGAGCGCCGCAGCGGCGUCUCGGCCGUCGGUGCCGCCGAGCGCUUGGCCGGCAGCAGCCUGGGAGCCCCCGACCCGGACGCCUGCCUGCUGGAGGCGGCCAAGGCCACCCCGCGGAGGAGCAGCAUCAUCAAGAAACAGGCUCCAGAAAGAAAACACAAAUGCUCCAGGCCCUGAUCCUUACCAGCUUUCUACAAGCAAUCGCCCCACAGUCCACUUCUAUGGGAAAAGACAACUUGCAAGAACAGUAGCAUGUAUUUUCACAUUUAAACUGCAAGUUGAGGAUCCUUCAAACCAAAAGUGUGGAAGAAAGAAAACAGUGUCGUUCAGCAGCAUGCCGUCAGAGAAGAAAAUCAGCAGCGCCAGCGACUGUAUCAGCUUCAUGCAGGCUGGGUGUGAACUCAAGAAAGUUCGUCCAAAUUCCCGGAUUUAUAACCGUUUUUUCACGCUGGAUCCUGACCUGCAAGCUCUUCGUUGGGAGCCUUCCAAGAAGGACCUCGAGAAAGCCAAGCUUGAUAUUUCUGCUAUAAAAGAAAUCAGACUAGGGAAGAACACAGAAACGUUCAGGAAUAAUGGACUUGCAGACCAGAUUUCUGAGGACUGUGCACUGUCGAUAAUCCACGGGGAGAACUACGAGUCGCUUGACUUGGUUGCUAAUUCAGCUGAUGUGGCCAAUAUUUGGGUAUCAGGAUUAAGGUACCUGGUUUCUCGUAGCAAACAGCCCUUGGAUUUGAUGGAAAGCAGCCAUAAUACCCCACGGUUUGCCUGGCUGAAAACUGUAUUUGAAGCAGCAGAUGUUGAUGGUAACGGCAUCAUGUUAGAAGACACAUCUGUGGAGCUAAUAAAGAAACUUAACCCCACCUUAAAGGAAUCAAAGAUUAGACUAAAAUUUAAGGAAAUCCAGAAGAGCAAAGAGAAGCUGACAACGCGAGUCACAGAGGAGGAAUUUUGUGAAGCGUUCUGCGAACUUUGCACAAGACCCGAAGUUUAUUUCUUGCUCGUGCAGAUCUCUAAAAACAAAGAGUAUCUAGAUGCCAAUGACCUCAUGCUGUUUUUAGAGGCUGAGCAAGGAGUGACCCACAUAACGGAAGAAAUGUGUCUAGAUAUUAUACGUAGGUAUGAGCUUUCUCAAGAAGGGCGUUUGAAAGGUUUUCUUGCGAUUGACGGAUUUACUCAAUACUUGUUGUCCCCAGAAUGUGACAUUUUUGACCCGGAGCACAAAAAAAUUGUCCAAGACAUGACACAGCCUUUGUCACAUUACUACAUCAAUGCGUCCCACAACACGUAUCUCAUAGAAGACCAGCUCAGAGGACCGGCUGAUAUCAAUGGUUAUGUCAGAGCUUUAAAGAUGAGUUGUCGGAGUAUUGAACUAGACGUCUGCGACGGCCCAGAUAAUGAACCCAUUAUUUGUAACCGUAACAACAUGACAUCGCCGCUUGCCUUUCGAAAUGUUAUUGAGGUAAUAAAUAAAUUGGCUUUCUUUGCUUCAGAAUACCCCCUUAUUCUCUGCUUGGGGAACCACUGCUCGGUACAACAGCAGAAGGUCAUGGUACAACACAUGAAAAGGAUCUUUGGAAACAAACUCUACACAGAGGCACCUUUAUCCUCAGAAGUCUACCUCCCAUCACCUGAGAAACUGAAAAUGAAGAUCAUUGUGAAGGGGAAGAAGCUGCCCUGCGACCAGGAUAUAUUAGAAGGAGAAGUCACAGACGAAGACGAAGAGGCUGAAAUAUCGCGGAGGCUCUCAGAGGACUUCUCAAGAGAACCGAAGCUGAUCUGGCUCUGCAGGGAAUUGUCCGACUUGGUGUCCCUGUGCAAAUCUGUCCGAUACAGAGACUUCAAGACGUCCACAAAAGCUCAAAAUUAUUGGGAAAUGUGCUCCUUCAGUGAGGCGGAAGCCAGUCGGAUUGCAAAUGAAAACCCUGAAGAUUUCGUCAACUACAACAAAAGGUUUCUGUCCAGGGUGUACCCAAGUGCUAUGAGGAUAGACUCCAGUAACUUAAAUCCUCAAGAUUUUUGGAAUUGUGGUUGCCAGAUAGUGGCAAUGAACUACCAGACCCCGGGCCCCAUGAUGGACCUACACACCGGCUGGUUUCUGCAGAACGGGGGAUGUGGGUAUGUCCUCAGGCCUUCGGUGAUGCGUGAUGAAGUGUCUUACUUCAGCGCUAACACCAAGGGCAUUGUUCCGGGGGUCUCUCCCCAAGUCCUACAUGUCAAAAUAAUUAGUGGACAGAACUUCCCAAAGCCCAAAGGUGCAUGUGCAAAAGGGGAUGUCAUAGACCCCUAUGUCUGCAUAGAAAUACACGGGAUUCCUGCAGACUGCACCGAACAAAGAACUAAAACUGUUCAGCAAAACAGUGAUAACCCCAUUUUUGACGAAAGCUUUGAGUUCCAGAUCAAUCUGCCGGAGCUGGCCAUGAUCCGUUUUGUGGUGUUGGAUGAUGACUACAUUGGGGAUGAGUUCAUAGGGCAGUACACCAUCCCACUGGAGUGCUUGCAGCCCGGAUACAGGCACAUACCGCUGCGGUCUUUUGUCGGCGACAUCAUGGAACACGUUACCCUCUUUGUUCACAUCGCAAUAACCAACCGGAGUGGAGGUGGGAAGGCCCAGAAGCGCAGCCUCUCGGUGCGGAUAGGAAAGAAAGCACGGGAGUACACCAUGCUGAGGAACACCGGCCUCAAGACCAUCGAUGAUAUCUUCAAGCUGGCAGUGCAUCCGCUACGAGAGGCCACAGACCUGAGGGAAAAUAUGCAGAAUGCCAUGGUGUCUGUGAAGGAGCUGUGCGGGCUGCCGCCCAUGGCCAGCCUGAAGCAGUGCAUCCUCACCCUGUCCUCGCGCCUGGUGGGCAGCGACAACGCGCCCUCUGUCACCCUCUGCAUGAAGGACGCCUUUCCGUAUCUCGAGCCGCUGGGGACCCUGCCCGACGUGCAGAAAAAGCUCCUGGCCGCCUAUGACCUGAUGAUUCAAGAGAGCAGGGUUCUCAUCGAGACAGCAGACAUCACUCACGACAAGAUCGUUCAGUGCCAAAAAGCAGGGAUGGAAUUCCACGAAGAGCUUCAUAACCUCGGGACAAAAGAAGGUUUGAAAGGAAGAAAAUUAAGCAAAGCCAUUGAGAGUUUUGCGUGGAAUAUCACAGUGCUGAAGGGCCAAGGGGAUCUCCUGAAGAACGCCAAGAGCCAAGCCCUGGAGAACAUGAAGCAGAUCCAGCUGGCGUGCCUGUCCUGUGGGCUGAGCAAGGGCGGGCAGACGGACGCCAAGUCGAAACGGGGCCUGGAGGCGAUCCAGGAGAAGGACACCGGCGACGAGAACGGGAGGCUGUGAGGGCAGGCAGAGCCCUCACGGUUGUCACAGAUUCCAAUAACUCCAAACUAUUUUUUUAAAGCGUUUAAAAAUUCACACAGGAAUGCCCUCUACAGGGUGUCGAUAGUAUUAAAAUCCUCACAACAUCAGUAUUUUAAUGCGGUUAAUUUACCUAAGUUCAACUCUGGUAGCGAGAUCUCUGUCGAGGCCGAGCUGUCGGUGUGCAAGUGCGCGUGUGUGCGCACAUGCAGAUCCCCUAGACGCCCUUUUGUGCAUUGCAUUAGCCAUUUGCUAAUUUAUUCCUUUGUCAUCUCUGAAUAGGCCUGUUCAUUCUGAAGAUCAAAACAAAUAGAGAGUACUGGUAUCAGUUUUGUGCUUUAUUUUGCUCUCCAGCUUUUACCAUUUAACUUACAGGCUACAUUACGCUGCUAAAAUACAACAAAUGUCACUGACAGCUGUUUUUGUGAGGGCAAAACCAGCAGUUUACUGCAGAUCCUGAACGUGAUUUUUAAUGAACAAUUCAAACCAAGUAAACGUGAUAUUAAAUGGCCAGAGUUGCUGGAUAGAUUAUGAUUAAAUUUGAGGUGUACAUUUCACUGAACUUUAGCAAUCUGCUCUUCAGGAUACAUCCAGAUAGCACAUCCUAACGUAAGAACUAGCUGAUUUAUUUCAUUCCGGUAAAUCUUUGCUACCUGGUAGAUCUGCAGGACAGCUCUAGUCUUUGCUGAUAGGCAUUAACUUGUGUAGUAAGGAGCACAGCGAGUCAACCCCACGGUGACGAGGAGAGCGUGAACAUCCUUCGGUGAUCACCAGAAUCAGAAGGUUUUAUAGAUCUCCCCAACUCCGAGCUUUACUGCAGGAGCUGCGAGAGGUCAGGUCUUGCUUUCCACCUUCUGCUUAGAUGUUGAAGUCGGCUGGAUGAAGCAAGCAGGAUCUGGCCUUACGUUGUGGCGAAGAAUCAUGCUCUGCUAGAAGUGUGAAGCGAGGCUGCGGAACUGCCACAGGUGAAAAUAGCUUGGGGAAAACAACAGGGUACCAGCGUUUUUUAUAGCAGUUACAAAUAUCCUGACGCAUGGCACAGGUUUAGGGUAGUUCUGCGAGUCGGGUGCCUCUUUGUGCUGCUCUUAAGGAGACGGAGAAUGUCACGAUGCAAUGUGGCCUCGUCCCUCCCAGUGUCCAGCUCAUGUGUGCUCACAACAUUCAUUUCAAUCGUUUAAGUACUGUGCUUGAGUGUAGUAUUUGUGUUACCUUUAACAGGGCUAUGUGUUUUAUGGUUAUAAAAAAAGACUAUAUUUAUUUAAAGCAUUGCUUUUAUUUUGAAAAGCUACUUUUAAAAUUAAUUUGAUUAACAAAUAUGCUAAUUUUCUGAACUUAACAAAAAGUAAUUGCUGAAAGUUUGACCAUUGGAGAAUCUUAUAUAGCUAUUGUGUUAACUUAUUUUUGACUUCUUGAUAACACUAUUAUGUUCAUGUUGCACAUUACUGAGAGAGUAAAGCUAUGAAACAACUUUGACCCAUGUUUUUAAUGUGAUUUAGCACAUUGGAUAACCAGUGAGACUUGGAUAAAGGUGGGUUAGUGCAGGUAAGUUGCUUGAGAGAAGAUCCUGCUCUAAUAGGAACUGUAUUAUUGCAAAGGUUAUAACUCAGAUGCCUUAAAUACCAUGCCAGUAAAACUUGCCGUACUUGUUCAGACCCAGGCUUAAGUCCUCUAUUUAUCUCUCCAUCUGUUCACCCUUCACUGAGGUCUGGAGAGGGUUGGCCUCGGCGUUUCAUGCGAGGCUUAAAGCCCAGAUCGGUGGUGAAGUGUGCACGGUCACGUUUUGCCAUCCUGAUUUCAUCACGGGUUGUGUUUAUGUGAAAAACAGCAACUGCCCAUCAGUAUUUACAGUUACAGAGGAUGGAAAGUGCUAACCGAGCAGUGUCGAUUGUGAAGGAUCAGCCUGGGGAAAGCAUCUCUCUGGGAAAGGAGAGGUGCCUUCAGGACAGGUGAGUGCUUCAUUUAAACCUAGAAAUAGCGGGGUUUUCUCAAUUUAAAAGGCUCUCUGAAUGUCUGUACAGGAACUGCUGGCAAAAUACCUUCUGGUCUUCCUUUCCUCUCUGAUGUUAUAAACAAAUGACUGUAAAAUUACAUAGAGAAGAGCUUGCUUUCUGUGCCUGUUUGGAAAGGGGUACCGCAUAGCUCUCACUCCAUGUGUAUUUGCAGAACCAGAAGAUGAUGGCUGGACUGAAAUCCCAUCGCAUGCGUACGAUCUUCAGCAUUUAUGCCGCGUCCUAUGCCAAGGUCACGCUGCCUGGGUUUCUGUGCCAAAAGAUGGAGCAGAAACCUUGGGCAGGAGAGGGCUGGCUGGCAGCAAGAGCUCAGCUUGCCAGCCCUUUGAACACACCAGGAGUGGAAGUGGAUGAUAAAGCAGCAGUCGGCCUCAUAAAAAUUAAUUCAGCCUUGAAGGAGAACACGUGGAAAAAUCAUAUCCAACAUCAACAGCAAGAACACAGGGGUACAACUGCCUGGCCUUUGGGGAAGCGUUUCUUGACGUGCCUGGCUCCUUGCAGUGGCACCAGAACCUUCUCCAGGCCCUGUGCUGGGAUGAUUUGCCUGGUGUCCCACCUCCCUCUCCUGAGCUCAGCAUGAGUUAAAGCACCAUGCUGUUCUGCUGCUUUCAUUUUUCAUACAUUUUAUUCCCUGUUUUUAAAGGGAUAAUGUAGCUUUCCAGUGCAAACAAGGUGGGAGUUUUGCAUGUUCCUCCCUCUGAGGUUCAGCUCCCAAAAUAGAUCACUAUCAGAUAACUGCAUGCACGGACUGAGCUUUCCUGUAUGAUAAUCCAUCUCUUCCAUCUCUCUGUUCAGACUAAAACAUUAGGUCGUGGCCUCCUUGGCCUCCGUCCCGUUCCCACAGCGACGCAGAGCAGCCUUGUGAAGGGGACGAACUGGGGAAGCUUCAGAACAGACCAAGAAAAUACUCGUGGAGGAAUUUCAAGAAAAUGUGCGGAAAACAGAAUCUGUGCAGACAGCGCAUGAGGAGCGGGAGGCGGUGUUAAGUCUGACAGCUGUUUGCUGUGCACAGUCCACACACAGAAUCACAGAAUGUUAGGGAUUGGAAGGGACCUCGACCACCCUACUCUGGAAAUCAGUGAUUGAAAAGGAGUUGCAGUUGCCAUGGAUAUGUGUUGUGAUCUUCAAUGAAAGGGGAAGCGGAUGGGAAGGCACAUGCCGUGGUGCAGCCCGUGCAUGUAGACACCCGUAAUUCCAGACCGUUAGAGCCAGUGGGACCCAGACUCAGCAAGUGUACCUGCAGGGAUCCAGACAAGGCCAUUUUCCUGGAGGCAGAACGAAAACCGCAAAAGCUUUAGAGGCCACUGGGCAAGGAGCCACGGGUCUGAAUUUGAUGACAGAAAAAAGUGAUUUUGGAGACUGACUCUCGUAAGUCAUGCUGAGCCUGUGCACUCUGCUCUAUCGAGAAUGAAACCGCAGCAUUUCAUGAAAUGGAGCACCACAGUGUGCACCUUUGUGAGGAAGACAAUUGGAGAGGCUAUGCAUAGAUAUAAGUGGAGAACCACCAACUCCAUGAGCGCAAAGUGGUUUGGAACGUGCUUCAUGACCUGCCGAUUCAGGAAAUGAUAGUUCUGUUUUAAACCUCCCAGUACAUGGUUGUGACUCACAGGGUCAUCUGUGUUUUGAAUACAGCGGAUUCUGUUGUGUGGGUACAUAUUUAUGUGGUGUGUAUAUUAGUGAGAAAAAGCUCGGGUUGACUGCCUACUUCCACUUCUUAUUUCUGUAAACUAGAGAUCUUCAUAGCUGCUUAACCUGAAGCUAGGAAUGCAGUAAGUACUGGAUGGUGGGAUUAGGAGCUUUCUGCACAACCCAUGGGAGGACUAACAGAGUUUCUGCACAAGCAAAGGCUUAUUUCUGGUAUCCAGCAGAAUGCAAGUGUCCUGGCUGAACCUCAAAUUCAAAACUGACUGUGAAUGACCAAGGGAAUGGUAGAAUUUCUUUAGCUAGCCGGGUAAAACAGUCAAGUCUUUGAUCUCAGUCUGCAGUAAAAAUGUUGCUCUGAUUCAGUUGUCGCUUAGAUGGAUAUAAAUCAGAAGUAGCUCAUGUAAUUCUUACACCUGUACUUUGCCUCCUGGUAAGUCUCAUGAGCUCAGCGGUGAUGUGAUCUAAUUUAAAGUGUCAUGGAGGAUUUAUUCAGAUUGGGUUUUACAACAGUGCUCCAGAGCAGUUCUCCAUUUGAAAGCAGAAAAUAUGUUAGAAGAAAGAUAAGUUACAAGGAAAAGUCAAGGCAAGAACGCUCAGUGUGAGGGCCUGGUUAAACACGUGGCAAUUUAAUCCUUACUGUUCCUAAUCCUUCAGGACUCAGCUUUUCUGCUCUUGCUCCUGGAUGUACUGACUGCUUAGAGGCCAGAGCAGUCCCAAUCUCCUCGGUUUGUGUUGGCUUAAUAGGAACAGUGUGAAGGACAAAGUGCAGCAUAUGUUAAAGUAUAUGUCUGUGGGCUGCAUAUGUCACGCAGCUGGAAGGCUGCUGCCCUAUAAAACUGAGUAACCAGCAAGAAUGAAACCAGAGCCUGCUGGUGCCCGGUCAAAAGGCUGAGAGACAAGCAUGAUGGGCAGCCAAGUGCAUAACGCUGCCAGGAGCACCAACUACAGUGCAGCAGUGGGGAAAUCCUGAUCAAAGCGUCCUAAAGGGGCUGCUUGCCCCUGGCGAGUCGUUUCAGGCUUGUGCAUUUUGGCUGUGUUUAGCUGAAGCUGGUUUGUUCUUCCUGGUGUAUCUGCAACGCCUCCUAUCAUACCAUCAUUUCUUCUUAUCGUCACUCUCCUGGGAGCCUUCAGUUCCUCAGCACAACUGCCUGGAAACCUCCCCACAUGAAGAAUUCAGUCAGCUUAGCAGGAAAGGCUGGAAGCCAACAGGUCGCUGAAGGAUGGAGAGCCUCAACUUGCCUGCCUGUGUGAACUUGGCUCAUGAUUUAUAGAGCCUCAGGACCUGGGCUUCCUUGCAAGCAUCCAGCUGAAGCGUGACAAGGAACUGUGUCAAGGAGGAUCUCGCUUUGAAAUCAUUAGGUUAUGAAAGAUGCUUCUGAAGAGGAAGGUAUUUACUUCUUGGGACAAGUCAUGUACAACCAAGACAAAUCUACCACACAAACUUCCAGCCUGGAGGAGGCAAAUGCAAAGAAUCGUCCACACCUAAACCUGAGAGUCAUUCAUACUACACAGGGAUUUCUCAAGUUCAACUGGAUGGCAACACUGUCCCCCGAAAAACACAGCUGGGAAGAGCCAGAAAAUAGAACAUUACAUCUGGUAACUGCAUUGGUGUGAGCUGGUAUCAUGAAUGGACACAGUGCCAUUCUCUGCAUUCCUUCUGCAUUGCACUGUGAUGGGAGAGAUCACAAAUACAAUUCCUGCUAUGCAGAUUGCGAUUAUGAUAGAUGAAAACCCCUUUCUUGUUCUCUCUCUUGACCUUCUGGCGUAUGCUGAAUCUAACCGAGUUUUUAAAGGCCCUAAUUCAUAAAUCUAAUAACAACACUAAGAGAAGCUGAGGUGUGUUCUCUUAAUCAUCAAUGGAACUGGUAUCACAUUUUCUUUGUAAAAAAGCUGCAGUAGGGCUGGAAAAAAAGGAUCUUGGCUGAGUUUCAGGCUCGACCGUUAGGCAGGAAACCGUCCUGCUGCCACCAUAAGGAAAAAAGGGGCACUGUGAGAGAGACUUUUCAGAGCAGCAUCUCAUCUUCAGCCCUGUGUUGAGGGACUGGGUGACCCACGGCUCUGUAUACUUAGUGCUGUCAUUGAAAAAGGGGUUGCAGUGGCUAUACGCUGACAUGGGCCAGUUUUGAGCUGCUGUGCUCCUCAACAGAGACUUUGCCAAAAAAGGAGAAGAAUUCAUCACCUAUUACAACAUAUUUUGGCUGUGGUAUGCAAGCAAUUUGGUAGAGUCUCUCUAUGUGAGUACUGGCAGUCUUUGAAACAAAAGAAGUGGGCUUGCGUGCGCUGAAGAAUUUUUGCUGUUGGCUUCACUGGAGCCAUGAUUCUUCACCAGAUCCACAUCCCAAAGGCCUAAAGUGCCCUUAAAAGGGCUGCUGCAAAUUGAUGAUUCGUAAUCACAGUCCCCAGUUGACACGACAACCAGCACCACUCCUGCAAACCUUGUAACCCUCUGUCUGUACCACACUCAGUACUCACUCGUGGGACUCUUCUGUCCCUGCCUUUUUCUGCUGGAACUUCUGUUGACAAUAAAGUGCAUUUUUAAGUGUUUGAAGGCAAAUUAUACUCCUUGGCACUUAGUGUUUCAGUGUUUGCGCUUCAAACACUCUGGAACGUGCUCAUUUGUUUAAUAGCUACAGUCCUUACUGGAAUGUUUUUAGAUUGUAUAAACAUUCCUACCAGUUUUAUGGGUUUCUAAACUUUUUUUUUAAUGUGGGUACAAAUUCAAGCUGACAGUGUUCUUUCCAUUAAAUAGGGCCAACUUGCUAUUGAUAGAGGAAUAUCUCUGAAAUAGCUUUCUGGUGGCUUGAAAUGGAAGAUUUUUCCUUGACGCUGAAUAGAAAAAAACCCAUCCCAUGUAUUUGAUCAGUUCUUACUCUGCCCUGGUGUCUGUGAGACUCCUGCUGGUGGAAAGGGGAAGGGAAGAGAGUGAAAAAAUCAGGAUAACGGAGAAAGGAAUAUAUUUUCAUUGUACACUGUGUUUGCCAGUUACUGUUGUCAUGCAGCCAGCAAAGAUCUCAAUGCUUUUAAAUUUCUCACUAGUAGGUUCUAGUACGUUGGUGCUUUCCUGACAUAACCACAUUUUACGUGUGUCAGCACUGCUUUAAAAGAUCAGUAUAGGAAACUCCUGCAACUACACCAUCUGCUUUCAGUUUGCCUUGAUUUAGUGUCAGCCAAGCUCCAAUAAUCCAGAUGAUUAAAGGGGACAGAGCUAAACCUGCUGCAUUUUGAGGAUUUAAACCUACCUUUUCCCCCUGUAAAUUUUGACCUUUUCAAAAUGAAGCUUUUUUUCCCCAGAAAAUGGAAUAUAAAGGGAGUGUUUGCUACUUUAAUCAGUGGAGCCAAAUUCCAAGCAUUCUGGCUGCUUUUCACUGACAGAAAAAUUAUUCCAAAAUAAUUAGAGCUCAUAAAUGAGACUGUAGGUCACUGUAACAGUAACAGCUAACUUGGCCUUUUGCAAAGUAUACAUUUUCUCAAGAAAUGUCCAUCUAACAGGCAAAACGCCCAUUAAUGAUGACCUUGGGAAAAUACAGCCUGAAGAAAGUAGUGGAUGCUUGACUGCUGGCUGGAGCAGUUUCCCUUUGAGGAACAUUGUGCUUGGGUUUUUCUCACUUGUCCUGCAUUCAGCCUGGUCCUGAAGCCUCUGAAGAUGGAACUCUUCCCAUCUAUAUUAUGAAAGAAAUAGCAGGAUAAAAACUUAUUUAAAAGUCUUUUAAAAUCAAAACCUUUGAGAGCUUAAUUGAACGUACUCUGACAAAAAUAUGUGGUUCACUUACAGCUAUUGACUUGAGGUUUAUACGUUAUUGCCAAGUCAUGGAAUUAAUAAAGCUUUAAUGUUGAAAUCAGAAACAA